AAAGACAAACUUGUGCUAGGCAAUAGUUAACACUAACGUGAAUUAAAAUGAAUUUUAAAGUCUCCAGGGUGUAGAAGCCACAUGUUAUAAACUGAUACUCGUAAACAGACUCAACUUUAUCCAAAAUGAAGCGUGAUUGUCGAUUUCCAAUGUUCACUCUGACCUGUAAACACAUUUAUUUUAGUUUAUGAAUGACAGUGUUCAGUUUGUUCUGUGGUCUGUGACUUUUUUUUGGUAUAUAAGUCAGAUUCAUGAAAAUGUCGCCUGGGAUCAUAAUGAAGUCGUCCAGACCAAUAAAAACAGAGAUCUUGGACAACUCCUCCGAAACGUGUUCUUUACUAGACUUCUCGCCAUUCGACAGCCUAGAAUCUAGCUGUAAUAGUUUCAGCGAAUCCUUGGACGGUGAAGAUUUCAGAAGAAAGGACUACCAAAUGCUGAACGGUGACGAUAAGUUUCUUGAUAGUAUAAUAAAAGGCUUUUUCAGUAACAACGAUAACGGUGAAAUGAGCCUUGAUCCAGGAAAUUUAUCCGAAGAUGCACUUUUCGGACUCAACGACCUCGGAUCCUUCGACUCUAGUUUCACAAACAGUAUUUCAGUACUAGGAGUCGAUCUGGACUUGUACCAACACGACAACGAAGGCAUAAUUCGUGGUGACCUUGAUCACAUCUUUGGUGAUUCUGUAGGUGACCUGGAUCUGGAGUUAUCAGCAAAAGUGAACGACAUCUUCACAACCAGCUUCGACUGUAACCUUUUCGUAGACAUCAAUAACAAUACUCAGCUGGAGGUGUCUCCAGAGCCCAUCGAGAUAAUGUUUCCCCAUAUGAAUGACGAAAAAAACCGAAGGCGCAGGAAUCUACUGUAUGAAAGCACUUGCAGGAUCAUCAAGGAAACCAGUCUGAAGUACGACUACAAACCUGUCAACUACAGAGACGCAGACGCCUUGGUGAACCACGACUACACCCAGAAAAAGGAAGAGGAUAAAUACUUCACCUGCCCUAUAUUGAACUGCGAGAAAGUAUACGCCAAAUCCUCCCAUCUCAAAGCUCACUUGAGACGACAUUCCGGCGAGAAACCUUUCGUUUGCAACUGGUUAAACUGUACUUGGAGGUUCUCCAGGUCCGAUGAACUGGCGCGACAUAAAAGAUCACACUCUGGUGUCAAACCUUAUAAAUGCGACUUUUGUGAAAAGGCCUUCGCAAGGUCUGACCAUCUCUCAAAGCACAGAAAGGUUCACAAAAAGAAGAUGUCACAGUACGGCAGUUACCAUAUCAAGAAAAGAGCGAGAGUAAACUGACAGUGUGUUGAAGUGACAGUUGAAACUUGAAAACUUUUCAAAAUUACAGCAAUGGUGUGUAUUGUAAAAAGAAAAAAUGAUAGUUGGACAAUUUGUGACAGUUUAUUUGAGUGGUGCGAAUACUAAAUUCAAGCUUUCAUUUCCAUGGAAUUGGUGUACGAAAUGAGGAGGAAUGGUCCUGAAUUGGUACAAAGCUACAAACAUAAAUAUCCGCCUGUUAAUAUAGGCUCCUUUUACUUUGUUGUUUUACUUUAUCAAAACACCGUACCUAUACAUUUUCUAUUUUAUUUUGUAUUUCCAACUUGACACUACAUUCCUCUUCAACCUACAUCAAGGAACACUGAACUUAACUAAACAAACUUCAUUAUAUGUCAAGGCAGUGCAGCCAAAAGCAUAAUACAAAAAUCACCAGUAUUAGGCAUAUUUUAACACCGCCAACCACGUUGGAUGAAAAUGGUGGUUGAAUUUAAAAAAAAAAUCAUAUCUGUGGAGCAUACGUUCAUAUUGAUACAAAUAAAUGUUCAUAUUCAAAUAAA